UCAAGAACGUUUUCCUCGUGCGCACCGAGUUUCUGAACAUUGCAGGCGCGUCCGAGUGGUGUGCUUUCUCCUUGCCGGGCGCGCGCGCGGCACAUCUGACCCCCACAACUAUGCGGGCGCGCAGGCCAAUCGCUCCUCAUCAAUCACUCUGCGCUCAAUCGCAUGUCGAUCUCGAAUCUGAACAAAUCCGGCCGAAUGACGAUGCUCUUCGUCCUCCGAGUCCCCGUCGUGACUCCGGUGGCAAAGAUCACAUCGCUAUGCGAGGCCAUCAAGGCUUACGCCACCGAAGCGGCGACUGAGUGGGCCGCCUUCGACUUGCUCUUUGACGAUAUAGUCAACAACGAGGGCCACCUCAGCCUCAAAAUCUGGGCCGAGUCGCGCUUCCUUGCGCACGAGGUGGUCCCCAUCUACGAGGCAAAGUCGCGGCUCGUGCUGUUCAUGCACACGUACAUGCAGGCAGCUAGCAUCGAUUACGUGCAGCCACUGUUGCCUACGGCGAGGGUCGCUUAGGUCACCUUCGAUACAUACAUACAUAGUCACAUACGGUUGAUAGGAAACACAUCAUACAAUUACGCAAACACUACACCUCGAACCUGCCUGUCUCGACGGACGACGCACUCCCACCACUAGCAAAAGAGAAAGAAUCCCUGCUGUUUGUCUGUGCAUGCAUGUGUGUCCCUUACCUGUGUUAGCUCGAGUAGUGCG